AUGUCGCACCAACGAGGCUUGGGAGGUGGGCAGGUCUGGGGCUCAGCAGUAUCGUCCAAGGACGCCAUCGACGCCGUCGUCAUCUGCACGCCGGAUCGGACGCAUCAUGAAAUCGUCAAGAGUUUGGCUCCGCUGCGGCUGCAUGUAAUAUGCGAGAAAUCUCUGGCGACUUCGCUGGAUGAUUUCUUGGACAUAUAUCGGUAUCUGGGACUCGAUCGGUCUCCUGAGGUUUUGUUUGCUGUCGGCCAUGUCAUGAAAUACUCGCUGCACAACCAGCUUCUGCGCAAACUGGUGAGCGAGGAUGAAGCUGUUGGGGAGGUGGUAGGAAACUGGCGCAAUGAAUCCACCUCCGGGCCCACCCUGCUCACCAAGUCCUGCCAUGACAUCGAUUUCCUGCUCUGGCUGAUGUGCGAGCCGAAUAUUCCACAGCCCGACCAGCAGCGGGAUACGCCUUACCUGCCAUCGAGCGUGUCUUCGUCCGGGUCCCUAACAUUCUUCCGCCAACCACGCAAACUUCGAGUAGCGAAAAAGGCAACCAACUAUCUGUCCUGUCCCAUUGAAAAGGAAUGUCACUUCUCAGCCCGCAAAAUCUACUGGGAACAAGGGACCUGCCAAGAACUCGGCGGCUGGCCGUUAAACGUGGUCGUUCCGGAUAUAGAAGCCUACCUUGACGAGGGCGGCUUGAAUGGUGCUGCGAGCGGACUUGACCGCAAACUAAAAGAAGACUAUACAGAAGAAACCCCGUCGCAAGAGGUAUCUUCGCGCCAGUGGUAUGGCCGGUGCGUCUUCGAGUCGGACAGCGAUGUAUGCGACGACCAGACCGUCCACAUCACCUGGGACGACGAUGAGCCGAGUGGCCGCAUGGCGAAACGGGCGACGUUCCACAUGACUGCGUUCACGCAGGGCGUUUGCACCAAACAGACCAAGAUCUUCGGUACCAGAGGCGAGAUCGAGACGAAUGGCAAGUCACGGUGCCAACAACGGUGA